AUGCUUGAAGCAAAUCAGACUUUGAAAAACACAAUCAUCAAGAACUUAUUCUCAUGGUGUCUAUAUAGAAAAGGCUUACAGCAACGACAUAUCCAAAUGAUUGCACUGGCAGGCACAAUUGGAACAGGGUUGUUUCUUGGAUCAGGUCGAGCCCUAGCUAAUGCUGGACCAGCUGGUAUCUUCAUGGGGUAUUUAUUCAUGGGAUUUCUGAUAUCUGGCGUGACCCUUUCAAUUGGAGAGCUCAGUGCUCUCAUUCCCCUCAGUGGAGGUGUUAUCCGCCCUGCUUCUUAUUUUGUGGAUCCAGCGUUUUCCUUCGCGCAGGGAUGGAACGUAACAUAUCAGUACUUGAUAUCAAUCCCAGCCGAGAUCUCAGCGGCUGCUGUGAUAAUCCAGUUCUGGGUUACGGUGAACAAUGCUAUCUGGGUGACUGUAUUCAGCGCCGUCCUUUUCGCAAGCAACCUUUUCCUGGUGCGAAUAUAUGGAGAAAUCGAGUUUACAUUGGCGAUUUUGAAGGUUUGCUUGAUUGUUGGUAUGAAUAUCAUGGGUCUUGUGAUAACAGCGGGUGGAGGUCCGGAUCACAAGAGCAUUGGCUUCAAAUACUGGCAAGACCCAGGUCCAUUUGUGCAGUACCUGGGUGUUCCAGGAUCUCUUGGCCGCUUUAUGGGAUUCUGGACGGUCUUUGCAAAUGCUGCAUACGCAUAUUCUUCAGUGGAGACCAUAUCAAUGGCAGCAGCAGAAACCUACGCGCCUCGAAGAAACAUUCCCAAAGCUGCCAAGCGAGUCUUUGUACGCGUUAUGCUCUUUUAUGUGGUUUCUGUAUUCAUGAUCACCCUUCUAGUUCCAUCCAAUGACCCAAUGCUUCUCAGAAGCUCGGGCACGGCCGCUCAAUCCCCAUUUCUGAUUGCUGCCACCCGAGCCGGCGUAAGUGUCGUGCCUCAUAUAAUCAAUGCAAUUGUUCUGACUAGCGCAUGGAGCUCUGGAAAUUCAACUCUUCUGAGCGGGUCUCGUAUUCUCUAUGGUCUCGCUCGUGAGGGCCAGGCCCCCAAAUUCCUUGCCCGCACUAAUCGUUGGGGCGUGCCCUAUGUGGGUGUUCUGGCCAUCGGCGUCUGGAUGGCCCUCGGAUACAUGUCUCUCAGUGCUACUGCUGCCACUGUAUUCACCUGGUUACAAGACUUGGUCGCGUGUGCACAGAUUAUGAGCUGGUUGGUUAUUUGCACCACCUACCUACGAUUUUACUAUGCUAUGAAGAAACAGGGCGUUUCUCGAGACAGAUUACCUUGGAAAGCACCACUGCAACCGUAUGCCGCAUGGGUUACUUUGGUGUCUUUAACUAUAAUCUUGCUGACGGGCGGUUAUACAACAUUUAUUCAUGGCCGCUGGUCAACCGAAACGUUCAUUUCGUCAUACCUGGAUAUUGGAAUUUUCGCGACUUUUUAUUUCGGAUACAAGAUUUGGUACAGAACGAAGAUAGUUUCUUUGGAUGAAUGCCCGGUUCUCAGAUUUGUCGAGAUCGCGGAGAAUGACCCCGACCCACCUGAAGAGCCCAAGUCUAGAUGGUCUGCAAUCAAUAUUCUGUGGAGCUAA